ACUGGGCGGGGAGCCGGAGGAGGAGGAGGCAGAGUAGGAAGAAGCCGGAAGUACUUCGACCCGGGUCGGUCUGGGCGUUGCGGGAUUGGGGCCUGGGAUCGCUUGGCCCCGGGCAGCCGAGAAGCCCGUGACGGGGCGGAGCAGCGUCAUCCCAUCCUUGAGGCCUGCUGACUGAUUUCUGCAUGAACCCACAGACAGUGCUGCUCCUACGGGUCAUUGCUGCCUUCUGCUUCCUGGGCAUCCUGUGUAGUCUCUCCGCAUUCCUCCUGGAUGUCUUUGGACCUAAGCACCCAGCCCUGAAGAUCACCCGCCGCUAUGCCUUUGCCCACAUCCUCACCGUCUUGCAGUGUGCCACCGUCAUCGGCUUUUCUUACUGGGCUUCUGAACUCAUCCUGGCCCAGCAGCAGCAGCAUAAGAAGUACCAUGGGUCCCAGGUCUAUGUCACCUUUGCCGUCAGCUUCUACCUGGUAGCAGGCGCCGGUGGAGCCUCCAUCCUGGCCACCGCAGCCAACCUCCUGCGCCACUACCCCACAGAGGAGGAGGAGCAGGCAUUGGAGCUGCUGUCAGAGAUGGAGGAAAAUGAACCCUACCCAGCCGAGUAUGAGGUCAUCAACCAGUUCCAGCCUCCCCCUGCCUACACGCCCUAGUGGAAGCCAGGGCUUCCUUUGGCAGCCCCUCUCUCACCCAGAGGAGCGGCUUGCCCCUGCAGUCCUCACUGGUAGGACCCAAUCAUCUUCAUCAAACCCUCCCCAGGAGAGACUCUGCCUUAGGGUUGUCCCUGCGUCCCUGUACCAGAAGCUGGGAUUCAGUGAUUUUACAUAAAGCUCUCUUUCCCCAA